GUCGUCACUAGCUGGAUAUCGAUGUACCCUGGAGGAAUGAGGAUGAUAAGCCGCAGAAGUAAUGGCGCCGUCGUCCCGGUGCUCGUGGUGCUGUCCUCGUGGCUCUUAUACGUGCUUCUCUACGUGAUGAGCCACGAAUCCAAGCUCGGGGAGGCUCAGAGCUCGGGCACGCCUUCGAGGGCCGUGCAGGUCGGGGCGCUGCUCGACCUCGGGACGGCCGGCGGGAAGGCGACCAUGGCGACCAUCUCCCUCGCGCUCGAGGACUUCUACGCCUCGCAGCCGGGAUCCACCACCACGGUGGCGCUGCACGUCGCGGACUGCGAGGACGACGAGAUCACCGCGACUUCGGCUGCAAUAGACCUGCUAAAGAACUUCAAAGUUCAAGCAAUCAUUGGCCCAAAGACAUCAACACAGGCGAGGUUCAUGAUUGGCAUCGGCAACAAGACAAAUGUUCCCAUCUUGUCAUAUUCGGCUACUAGUCCUUACUUGUCAGCUAAGCACUCCAAGUACUUCGUUCGCACUGCCCUGGAUGAUUCCUCCCAGGUCCCAGCAAUUGCUUCUCUGGUUCAACUCUUCAACUGGCACCAAGUCGUACCCAUAUACGAGGACUCUGACUUCGGUAGAGGCAUUAUACCACACCUUGUGGAUGCUCUCCAAGAUAUUGAUGCGCACAUCCCAUACCGAAGCGUCAUCCCUUCAGUUCCUACUGAGGAUCAGAUAAAGGCGGAGCUAAACAAGCUCAAGACUAUGCAGACACGAGUCUUUGUCGUGCAUAUGUCAUCUGAUAUUGCCGCACGCCUAUUUGUCCUUGCUCAUGAUGCUGAGAUGCUUACUGAUGGUUAUGCUUGGAUUGUGACUGAUAGUGUAGGAAACAUGUUUAGCUCCUUCGAUCAGAGAACGAUCAAUUCAAUGCAGGGAGUUCUUGGCGUGAGGCCUUAUGUGCCACCAUCGGACAAGCUUAUCAACUUCCCUCCUUGGUUUGUUGCACGGUACCGACAACAGAACCCUGGUGCACCUGACCCAGCAAAUCCAAACGUGUUCCAUCUGUGGGCUUAUGACACUGCAUGGGCAAUCGCAACAGCUCUAAGGAAGGUUGGUCCCCUUACACUAGGCUUUCAAAUGCCAUCACCACAAAACAGCAACAGCUCAAAUGAUCUGAGUAUGCUGGGUGUGUCACAAGAUGGACCAGGUCUUAUUAACGCCAUUAGAGCCACUAGGUUCCAGGGCAUAUCAGGUGAUUUUGUUCUUGCCGAUGGUCAGCUGCAGGCAUCAGUAUUUGAGAUAUUUAAUGUGAUUGGCAAUUCAUAUCAAAAUGCUGGGUUCUGGACACCAAAGUUUGGCCUAAGUAAGAACCUCAUUGUAUCUUCUGGUCCAAGUCGUACUGUUGGAUUGAAUAUGGUGCUUUGGCCUGGUGGUUCAGUACAACCUCCUAGAGGUUGGGAGUGGCCGGUGGCUGGAAAGAAGUUGCAGAUUGCUGUGCCAGUAAAGCCAUCUGUCAACCCAUUUGUGAAUGUUAAGAAGAAUGUGGCUACUGGAAAGUUUGACGUGACUGGAUAUUGCAUAGAUAUCUUUGAAGCUGUCAUGCGAGAGAUGCCAUAUGCUGUCCCCUAUGAGUAUGUACCUGUUGUGGACCCUAACAUAGCCACCAACAUAACCCUGUCAUACAGUGAGAUAUGUUAUCAGGUUUCCCUGAAGAAAUAUAAUGCGAUGGUUGGGGACACCACAAUAAUCAUAAAUCGCUCCAAGUUAGUUGACUUUACUUUACCUUACACUGAAUCGGGGGUGCAGAUGGUCGUAACCAUGAGGGAGAACUGGAGCAAGAGCUUGUGGGUUUUUCUGAAGCCUAUCGAACCAAUCCUAUGGGCAGCCUUCUUGGCUGUUUUUGUGAUUACAGGUUUUACCAUAUGGUUUGUUGAGCACAAUGGAAGCAGAUAUUUUGGUGGGCGCCCUUGGAAUCAGUUUGUCAACAUUGCUUAUUUCAGCUUCCAGGCACUUCUUGCUGUUCCAAGGGACCCAAAAUUGAAGAAAUGGCUAUCGAAAUUUGCGCUCAUAAACUUCCUGUUGCUGGUUUGGUUGUUGGAGAAACUCUAUAGUGCAAGUUUGACUUCCAUGAUGACAGUACGACAACUCCAACCAACAGUUGCCGACUUGAAUCAGCUUAUUAGUAAUGGAGAAUAUAUUGGUUACCAAAGUGGGUCUUUUGUGAAAGAUCUCUUGAAGAGCCUUAAUGUGGAUGAGCGUAAAAUUAGAAGCUACCGAACCGAUCAGUAUGCUGAGGCACUGAUGAAAGGGAGUUGGAACGGUGGUGUUGCAGCAGUAGUUGAUGAGAUACCGUACCUCAAGUUGUUUAUGUCCAAGCAUUGCAGGAACCACAGUAUCAUUGGUCGUGUUUACAAGACUGGUGGAUUCGGCUUUGUCUUCCCUAAGGGCUCUCCGCUUGUUGCUGAUGUGUCCCGGGCUAUACUAAAGGUGACAGAAGGGGAUGAGAUUGUGGGCAUUGAGAGGAAGUGGUUGGGACUGGACAAGGUGACCUGCAACAGCAUGACGAACGCCCUUGAGAUGGGCUCUGUUGUUACCUGGAGCAGUUUAAAAGGAGUGUUCUUUAUAACCUUUGGUCUAUGGGGUAUUGCGGGCAUCAUUUACAUAGUCAUUAAGUUUUGGCCAUGGAGGCAAACAGAAAGCACAGUCCAGGAAGCCAUCGCUGAACUUGUUCUUGAGCACUCCAAUGGCGAUGAGCAGGAUGAUACGAUAUGGCCAAUUGAAAGAAAUAGCCAUCUAGUAUUUCACCUACGUGGCCAUCCACCACAAGCACAAGUAGCAGGACCUCAAGGAGAUCCAGCUGAACCACCACCAGCACAGGUAGCAGGGCCACUGCAAGCACCGGUAGCAGGACCUCAAGGAGAACCAGCAGGACCAGGAGGGCACCAGGAGCAACGAAAUUGAAGCUGAAUCAAGAGCAUGGUGGGCACCAAGAGCAACGAAAUUGAAGCUGAACAACGAAAUGAACAUGGGCAUACUUUUCUCAACAAUUGUGUUCUUUUUCUCUGUGUUUGUGAAGUGUUAGUAUCUGUUACUUCAUUUGUUUUUUUGGGCAAGUCGCUUCAUUCAACUUGUCUGUCUUGGACAUGUAAUUUUCUAAAAUAAUUUGCAAA